GUGGUUUCAAGGAGUUGUAUCAUCAUAGGAAGCACAGCGCCGCAUCAUCUCAUUAUCAUUCUGAUUUCUGAAGCUAUCGUUGUCAACACGACUUCCGUGGAUUCUCACACAUUUGAAGUUUCACGAAGCUGCAUUGGGGUGCAACACCGUCGUAGGCUACGGGUUGAAACAACUCAACCACUCAUGAAGGUGGGUUGCCGUUCCGAAAGUCGAUGGAUUCCUAAUCUUGCGACACGGAAGGUUUGUCCAGUUGGUGAUUUUGAUUACCAGACAUGGCAAUGCGAUCCAGCACAUGUUGGGGCGACUGUCGAUUUCUUCAUCAAUUCCAUUGUUACUAUCGAGGAGGACACCGUUGUUGAUGUCAUUGAGGACUUCAGCUUCGCCGUUGAUGAUUCUUCCUCCAAUAACGACGUCCUAAUUUGUUUUUGCAUACGGCUUACGAAGAUAGAUGGUCGUGGAGGGACAGAAUAUUCUCUCAUGCUUCGGAUAAUGAUCCCUGGGAGGAUAACCAUGUUGAUUGGAGCACUCCACCCAUAUUUGAUAUCUACCCGGAUGUAUGUGAAACUUCAGAAAUAG